AUGAGGAAAGCUGAGGUGCAAAUGACCCUGAAAAAAGGGGCAGAUGAAGCAAUGGCACCCCCAAGCCCCAUCAUCCCCCCCAAACGGUCCAAAGCCAGCCUGGAGCAAGUUGUCCCAGAACCUCGAGGACCCGGUCUUCCCACUCCAACUCCUCCUGUUUUUGUUCGCAAAAUGAGGAACGCCGCUGUGGGGACGGGAUGCGACAUCCGCCUCAAAGUGACUGUGGCUGGAGACCCUCAGCCCUCCCUGUAUUGGUACCACAACGAUGAGCUACUCAACAUGGAGAACCAGGAGUAUGGAGGACUCUGGAUUAGGGAUUGCAAACCAAGUGAUGCUGGUCUCUACACCUGUAUCGCUAAUAAUCACCUGGGAGAGGCCCGGAGCAGUGCUGUGCUUGCCGUCUUGGAUCUGGGUGAAGAGUCUGACACAACAGAAGAUGAAGGUGAAGACCAACUUGAGACCAAAGAGGAGGGUGGGGAUGUUGAGGACCAGGCUGUGCAUACAGGUAUCAUGACAGACGAAUGUCCAGGAGAUGAAAAUAGAGCACAUGGACAUGACGAUCACUCAAACACAACCAGGAGCCAAUCAGAUCAUUUUUCAAGAGAAUCUCCCCCAGAAGUCCUCCCACCCCCGUCCCCUAGACUCAUCAAACGUACCUCCACCUCUCCAAUGCCAAGUCGCUCUGGUUCAACGACACCUCUCAGCUCACGGAAGAAAAUUGUUUCCCCAACUGAGUACCAAGACACAGUGCCGGGGGAGUUUGAAGAAAAGGUUAAGCAGCCAAAAUCUGUAACACAAAGUAGCACCCAGGACUCCCGGCCACAGACUCCUAUGAGCGAGCACUCCCGUAAAGAGUUCACGACCAGACCAUCCCCAAAGCUAACCAGAGCAAGUUCAAAGGUGUUCGAGAAGGUUCGUGGCUUAGAGGAGCGAAGACGAAGCCUUGAUAUUCCAGAGGGUUCCAUUUCAGGAAGAUCUUGGGCUGGGUUCAACCGUGCUGGAUCUGUAGAUUCAGAUGAUGGAGGAAGCCGGUUGGGCAUCUCUAGAGAAAGUUCUCGGGAGGAUCUAAGGGAAGCGUUGAAAGAAGAUGCUGCUGAACGUAGAUCUAUGUUUAGACAGAGAGCUGCUUCGCUGGAGGAGAAACCUCGCGUCUCCCAAAAAGUUCAGGACAUCGAGAACAAGUUCACAGAGGAACUCCAGCGCAUCAAGAAACUUGUCGGCAAACCUCAUCUGAAAAAGUCAUUCUCGACAGAACAGCUCACUCUGAGGGGCAAGCAGCGCCAGCCUCUCAGGAAAAUUGAACCUAUUCCUCCACAAGUCCUUCAGAAGCUCCAAGAAAGGGAACGAGCCCAGUGGGCGAAGGAACAGAGAGAAAAGGAACUAAAUCAGCAACCAAUGCAGCAACAACAAUCCCCGACCCAAAGGAUAGCAGGCACGGGUUCAACAAGUGUAACAGUCAGUAGAUUUGGAGAGGUUGCCGGCACCCCAGAGUCCAUGCAGUUAUCUGACUUACCGGGACAACGAUCAGUGAGAGAGUUAAGUAGAGUCAGUCCAGUUACAGAGAUCAUCCAGAGAUCAUCCUCACCAGCUUUAUACCAUCAGCAAAGGGAAGGGUCACCGAGUAGGAAUGUUGCUGAGAUGACAUUACGCAAGGUUGAACGAAGGCCCCCAAGUCCGCUUGUACAAAGAGUAUCUCGAAUGCAAGAAUCCCAGCACAUCCCAGAAUCUCAAAAGGACGAGCCUUCAGGAAGAAAGACUCCAAUAGAAGUCGUACUGAGAAAAAUAGAAAACAGACCUGAAAGUCCACUGGUACAAAAAAGAGGAAUAAUCGCGCAAGAUUUUCCAACUCAGCCUCCUUCAAAACCCCCGAGGAUGUCACCACUCAGCCCAACAGAGGAGAAAAUGGAAGUGGAGCAAUCUAAACCAGCCUUAAAAAUAAAGAUCCCAGCAAUUAUUGUUGAAGAUGAAAAGAUGGAAGAAGAUGCUCCCAUGAAGGCAAGUGAACCUCAGCAGACUAGUACCAGCACCAUAGAGGGACAACAGCCAAAGACCAAAGCUAAGAAGCGUCGACCUCGACCCUUGUCUCCAGAGUUAGACUCUUCAGAUGAUUCUUACGUGUCUGCUGGAGAAGACCCCAUGGAGGCCCCUGUGUUUGAGUUUUCCCUGCAGGAUGCUGUAGCAUCUGCUGGAGCAGAUGUGCAACUCAAAUGCAUAAUAGCUGGAAACCCCAUACCUGAAGUUACCUGGAUGAAAGACAACACAGGAAUCACCGGGAUUACAAAUUACAUGGUCAAAGUGGAAGGAGAACGUCACAGUCUGUUCAUCAAAUCAGCAAGAGUAACAGACGGGGGGAAAUACUGUGUAACUGCCGUCAAUCAGAUGGGCAGGGCGUCGAGCUGUGCCACCCUCAUAGUUAAACCAGAGUCCUUACAGGAGCCAAGAGGGAACCUGGGUGUGCCUAUGGAUAUCAGCAGUCCUAUCACAUCUGAUGAGGAGUAUCUCAGUCCCCUGGAGGAGGGCAUGGAUUUUGGAGGACCUGAGCCGAUGCGAAAUAUUGACUCACGGUUCAGAAGACCCCCUUCAUUCCUGGUCACCAUGAUCGAUCAAGCUGUCAUCGAAGGACAGGAAGUCACCAUGUCUGUCCGGAUAAGUGGGCAACCUAAGCCCAUGCUGUACUGGCUGAGGGACAGAGUUACAGUGAAGUCAGGCCCACGCCACAUUGUCCGGGAGACAGAAGAAGGCACUUUUGAAAUGACCAUCAAGUCAGCAGUAAAAUCCGACUCUGGGAUUUACACCUGUAAAAUUAUCAAUGAGUACGGGACGAAGCAGUGUGAAGGAAAGCUGGAAGUGAAAGCUCCACCAGUUGAGCCGGGUCUGGCUGUGAUCCGUCCGGUCAGGGACAUCACAGCCAAGGCCGGAGAGACCGUUCUGUUCGAGUGUCAUGUCAUGGGACCGAAGGACACUGACGUGGACUGGCUGGCAGAUGGGAGACUGAUCCAGCCGGCAUUGCUCAACUGUAAGAUGCACUUUGACGGAAGAAAGUGCCGCCUGCUGCUCAACUCGGUACACGAGGAUGACAGCGGGACGUACAUGUGCAAGCUUAGCACUGCUAAAGAGGAGGUGACAUCAUGCGGCAAACUCAAAGUCCUUCCAUCAAUUGAGCCUCUCUUCACUCGCAAGCUGGAUGUUCUGGAAGUGAUUGAGGGGCGUAACGCUCGAUUCGACUGCAAAGUCAGCGGGACGCCUGCUCCCAAAGUCAUCUGGAGUCACUUUGACCAUCCGCUCACAGAAAGUGAGGACAUCCGUAUUCUUCAGGAAGCCGGCCGCCAUUCUCUCAUCAUUUCCCAUGUGACCAAUGAGGAUGAGGGUUUUUACACCGUCACUGCCCAUAACCCACAUGGUGACGCAGAGAGCUCUGCAGAACUUUACAUACAAGAACCUCGGCCAGCCAUCUCCUCACAGAUGGCCAAACUGGAGAAGAUGCCGUCGAUCCCAGAGGAGCCAGAGGUCCCAGAGAACGAGGUGGAACGGUUCACGAUGCCAGACUUCAUCAAACCUCUUUAUGACCUGGAUGUGAUCGAGGGGAAGGAGGCUGUGCUCAAAUGUAGAGUGGCUGGUUUGCCAUAUCCAACCAUUGUCUGGUUCCACAACGGCAAAAGGAUUGAGAGCACAGAGGACAGAAAGAUGACGCAGUUCCGUGAUGUGCACAGCCUGGUGAUCCGCUCUGUGUGCCAUGCCCACGGUGGAGUCUACAAGAGUGUCAUCUCAAACAAAAUAGGCAAAGCCACCUGCUACGCUCAUCUCUACGUCACAGAUAUCCUCCCUGACCCUCCUGAUGGGACUCCAGUGAUAGAGUCCAUUACUGGUAAAACCAUCAUCUUAAGCUGGAAGAAACCAAGAAGACUGGACCCUUCAAUUGAUCCCAGCACCCUAAUGUAUGCCAUCCAACAACAAGCCCUGGGCUCCAUCCAGUGGACCAUCAUAGCUUCUGGCCUAAAGGAGACCAUCUACACUAUCACCACCCUCUCAAAAAACGUGCGCUAUGCCUUCAGGGUCCUGACCAUCACCUCCAAAGCCUUCAGCAAGCCCUCAACUGCUACCGACCCAGUGCAGCUCCUGGACAGAGGUGUCUAUCUUCAGGAGGCUCCAGUGAUUGUUGAUAAACCAGAAAUCGUAUAUGUGAUUGAAAACCAGUCAGUCACCAUCACCGUGACGCUCAAUCAUGUCAACGCUGCAGUCAUCUGGAAGAGGCGAGGAGUGGUCCUGUCCAGUAAGCCCGGUGUGUACGAGAUGACGAUGCCAGAUGACGACCAGCACACGCUGAAGCUGCUCAAAGUGAAGACUUCUGAUAUCGGAGAGAUGACGUAUGUGGCAUCCAACAAACAUGGCAGCGACAGCUGUACCUUCAAUGUGGAGUUAGCUGCUCCACCCACGUUUGAAACUAUCAUGGAGGACCUGGACGUUAGUACUGGAGAGACACCACGCUUUGCUGUGGUUGUGGAGGGAAAACCCAUUCCUGACAUCCUCUGGUUCAAGAAUGAUACCCUGCUGUCAGAGAGCAGUCAUUACACAUUUGUGUACGAUGAUAAUGAAUGUUCCCUGGUGGUCCUAAAUGCUCGUCCAGAGGACUCUGGGGUUUAUACCUGCACUGCAAGAAACUUGGCAGGAUCUGUGUCCUGUAAAGCUGAACUCACUAUUCAUCAAGCAAAAGCUAAAGAGAACACAUUAGAUGAUGAGGAGACCAUUCUAAGGAAAAUGCGCAGACUGACUGACUACUAUGACAUCCACAAGGAAAUAGGAAGAGGUGCGUUUUCUUAUGUGAAACGUGUUACCCAGAAGGCAGGCAAAAUGGAGUAUGCUGCGAAGUUUAUCUCCACCCGGGCCAAGAAGAAGGCGUCUGCGCUGAGAGAAAUGAAUCUGCUUUCCAAGCUAGACCACGAGAGGGUCCUUUAUUUUCAUGAUGCCUUUGAGAAAAAGAAUGCAGCCAUCAUCAUCACUGAACUAUGCCACGAGGAGCUGCUUGACAGAUUUACAAGGAAAUCUUCUAUAAUGGAGUCAGACGUGCGUUCAAGUAUAAGACAGCUGCUUGAGGGACUGGACUACCUUCAUCAUCUAAACAUCAUACACCUGGACAUUAAGCCUGAUAAUCUCCUCAUGGCCGACCCCCACGGUGAUCAGAUCAGGAUCUGUGACUUCGGCAACGCACUGGCAAUAACACCUGAUGAGGCUCAGUAUUGUAAAUACGGCACUCCAGAGUUUGUUGCUCCAGAAAUUGUAAAUCAGACCCCAGUGUCUAAGGCAUCAGACAUCUGGUCAGUUGGAGUUAUUGCAUAUCUGUGUCUGACAGGAGUGUCUCCCUUUGCUGGAGAGAAUGACCGCAGCUCUGUAAUGAACAUCAGGAACUAUAACGUGGCCUUCGAGGAAAACAUGUUUGCUGAUCUUUGCAGAGAGGCCAAAGGGUUCAUCAUAAAGCUGCUCGUAGCAGACAGGCUGAGACCUGAUACUCAGGAAUGUCUCAGACACCCCUGGUUCAAGACUCUCAAUAAAGGGAAGGCCAUAAACACUGAGGCCCUUAAGAAGUUUGUGUCUCGCAGAAAAUGGCAGCGCUCACUCAUCAGCUACAAAUCAAAAAUGGUCAUGAGGACGAUACCUGAGCUGCUGAACGAUUCGUCCAGUCACAUCUCCAUCGCAGUCCCAAGGCACCUUAAAGAAGGGUCACCUUUACCAUCAUCAUCCUCAGAUUCUGAUGAAGACCUCGAUGAACUGCCUUUUAUUCCAAUGCCACUCAACAUGGAGUUCUCUGGAUCCAGGAUGUCGCUGAAUGACAUCCAGACUAAUGAACAGGAAACAGGAAAACAAGAUGGCACAAGUAAAAGGUCCGCUCAAACUCCGGAGGCGAUGGAGUGUGAUCCUAAACAAAUGGAUAAAGAAGGGGUCGAUGUAACGGGUAAAGGACGCCAUCGGAAAAGGUCAUCACCAGACAACGACAAGGGCUCCUCAGAUGAAGAGGCUCCCGCUGAGCUGCCCCAGAAGUCCGAGCUGAGGAAACCCUUGAGAAGGGGUUCGAGCAUGGAGUCGGACAAACCAGAGGGAGGGCGACGGAGAGGGGAGCUACGACGGGGCGGCUCAGCUGACAGUGCUUUGCUGCUCCGGAUUACACCUGAGGAUGGCGCCGCAGAAGGAAACCAAGAGGAUGGCAGGAGAGUUUUGAAGAAAGCUGUCUCCAUGGAGCUACCCAGGAGGAGCACCAGCCCAGGAACUGUGAAGAUGAGUCAAGAGGACUACGCUCUCAAACUGGAGCUGAUGAGACAGCGUCUGCUCCGUGGAGGAUCUGUGGACAACAAGAUGAGCGGACUCAGAGGACCUCUGUUGGAAACAUUAGGAAUGGGUGAUGAAAAACGGGCAAUACCCUCGGAUCGGUACUCUCGUACUGCUCGUUUGGGCCCGACCCCCCUUAUUAGAGCUGCUUCUAGUGAUUCUGCGAGGGAUGACAUAUCCAAACCCAAAAUUUUGCGCAAAACUGCAUCUUUCAGUCAAGGAGAUUCAGAGCCUAUAGCUUUACAUCGUCGGUCAGGAGCUCCUUUGGAGAUUCCUUUGGCUCAGGUAGAAGAGAGGAGGCUGAAGGAGGCUAUAUCUAUGUCAUCACUCACCGAUCAGACCAAGUUCGAUUCCCGUCCAGUGACUCCCAGAGAGCCUUCACCAAAACCACCAACACCAGAGUCUGUUUUACAGGAAAGUCCAACCAAAACAGAAAGUGAGGAAUCAUUUAUGGAGAAAGAGAUGAAGACUGAUGACAGUAUGAACGAAAAGAUGGAUGGGCUGACUACAGAUAGUAACUUUGAUGAAAGAUCGAGUACAAGUGGCUUCUCGGAGAAGGACAUGAGCAUAUCAGAAGAACCGAUGAUUGAAUCAGAGUAUACGGGCCAGACGGUUCCCACACCUCCUCUCGUGGCCGAAAGCUCUAAACUAGAAGAAAAAAUGGAGGAGGAAGAGAAAGGAAAAGAGCAAGAAGAAAAGGAAGAGAUUAUGCAAGAAGAAGAAAGACCUGUGAGCACUGCUGAAUCACAUGCUAAGGAAGAUGAAGAAGUUUCUGAAAUGAAUGAAGAAGAAGAAGAAGUGAACAUGCCACCACCAUCCUCUGAUAUGAUCAUAAGCACAAGCUCAGUCAUGGUGAGACCAACGCAAGAGUCUCCUCAGCCCCCGACGAAUGUUGUGUCCACUUAUGUCACACCCUCGCUCCCUGCUCGAGUCGUUCUCCCAGAUGGAAGGAUGUCAGCCUACGCUAGUAUAAUGCAGACCAUCAUGGUCCCGUCACUUCAACCUGUGAAUGAACAACCUUCAGGCCAGUCCUCACCUAUAGCUGGAGACGCUUCGUCAUCACCCGUACCAACUGAAGCAGUUUUACGCCCAUCUUCACGCACUGGCAUGUCUCCUGCUCUGCCCGGUUCACCGAAGCCAAUCAUCGUCUCAACAACUGAGCACCCUGCUGUGUACUCACGAGUGGCCUCCCCAGAAAUGAUGACAAAAGAGCCCAGCCCACAAAGGACUCUCACACAUUCCCCACCACAACAAGAGCCCUCAGCGGGAAUGGACUUUCAAGACAUCACCUCCGAGGAGGUCUUCGAGGCCCGCUUCAAGAAACGUGAGUCCUCCCUCUCAAGGAGCCUGAAAUUCCUGUCAAGAUCAAAAAAUGAGGAGAAAUCACAAGCGACUUCAUCAGACUCCACAGAGUCAGGAGAGGAGGUAUACAGACCUGGGCCAGUUGGUGCACCAUUGGAAUUAGCAUCAAGGAGACUUGAGGAGAAGUCAAAGUCAGUCCAGGACCUUCGUGAAGCUCAAAAGGACCAAGGCUUCAUGAGAAGACUAUCUAUGCGGCUGAAGAGAACUCCAUCAACUGAGCGCAAGGAGGAACCGACAAAAGAAGAUGAUUCUUCAAGACGUAGGCUUUCUUGGACUCUCGGCCGCAGAGGAUCCCAGGAGAAGAAGGAAGUAGAGAUGAUGCACGUGGAUGGUGGAGGUGACGAAGAACAAGACGAAAAGGAUCUUAAGAAACCUAAUCAAUCUCCAGUGUUGGCAAUGCGAAGGAAAAUCGAAUCCACAGUGGCUGGAAUUUCUACCAGAAUCAGAAGCUACUCAGAGGAAAGAAGGGCAUCAGAGGACAAAGAAUCCAAGAGGACACCUAUUCUGUCCAUGCUUCGCCGUGCCACGUCCGAGAGCAGAGCUCCGAAGGUGGUCAGUGUUCCACAAAACCAGCUGGCAGCUCAGACCAGUAAUGGUGCCUCCUCAGAGUCUCUGGACUCGAUGUCCAGCAUGAAGUCAGACACAUUAAAAGGUGUUGAAGCUGAGCGUAGAUCCCGCUGGGAUCGAUGGGGCCUGACCAGAGGGAGACGAGACAAGACAGUGUCACAGCCCGACAUACCAACAGCAAUCUCCAGGGAAAACAGUUCCCUACGCUCACGCCAGUACUCCAAACUGGCUUCUGAUUUCCCUCCUGUGUUCCACAUCAAGCUGAGAGACCACGUCCUGCUGGAGGGAGACCCGGUCACGCUGAGCUGUCUGCCAGCCGGGAGCCCUCACCCACACAUCGCCUGGAUUAAAGAUAAGAAGCCUCUGCAAAUUGAUGCCAGGAUGAACCUGAUCGCCUGCCCUGAUGGUCGACAGCUGCUCAUGAUCAUGCAGACAACCAAGAAGGAUGCAGGAGUCUACGAAUGUGUGGCUACAAACCCCCUGGCUGUUGUGUCCAGCUCAUGCACAAUAUCGCUUGCUCGUCUGCCUAAUCGUCCUGGGACUCCUGAAAUACCUCAGAAGUACAACAACACAGCUCUGGUACUGUGGAGGCCCUCAGACACCUUGGCUCCCUGCACAUACUCUCUGGAAAGGAAAGCAGAGGGUGAGACCAACUGGUUGAUUGUGGCUACAGGGGUGGCAGACUGUUACUUCAAUGUGGUUGACUUACCAGCAGGGGGCGCCUUCAGGUUCAGGGUGGCAUGUGUGAAUAAAGCUGGGCAAGGCCCCUACAGCAACCUCUCAGAGGUAGUCACCCUGGAUGUUUCCGAACCAGCUAAGUCCAGUGCUACUGUUGUGGUCAAGACUGCCCCUGCAACUUCUCCCCCUCCCCCAGCCCCAGCUCCAGCUCCAGCUCCAGCUCCAACCCAGGCUCCAGCUCCAGCUCCAACCCGGGCUCCAGCUCCAGCUCCAGCUCCAACCUGGGCUCCGGCUCAAGCUCCAGCUCCAGCUCCAGCUCCAACCCGGGCUCCAGCUCCAGCUCCAGCUCCAGCUCCAGCUCCAGCUCCAGCCCCAUCCCCAGCUCCAGCUCCAGCUGUGGUUAAAUCUCCCUCCCCAGUGACCAUUAAAUCCUCUGUGCACGUCGAGCCAAGCCGACCUGUAGUCACACCCCCUGUUAGUACAGCUCCUCCUGCACAGACCACCACAGCUCCACCAGCCAAAGCCAAGACCACCCUGAGCAUCAGCAUGAGCAAACCCCAAACCAAACUGGCACCUCCCCCUGUUGUCCCCCCCAAACCUCGAAGUCCUGUGAGUGCAAACCCCACCAUCACCCACAAGCCCCCGUCCCCUGUACCUGCCAUUGGGAAACCUAUUUCAUCUGUUCCCAUGUACGUGCCAACUGCAACCUCCCGUGGUACUCCACCUUCUCAAACUACUUCUACUCCAACAACCACCACCACCACCCCUUCAGUCACUCCUGUGACCACCAUCUCACCGCCUGUGGUGGUGGUGCAGAGUUUGACGCCAGUAAUGCAGGGAGGAGAUGGCAGGGGAAUCCCAUCAGGGAGGAUCACACCAUCAGGGCGGGUCACACCUUCAGGACGCAGGACACCACUUGGCAAGCCAGGAGAAGGAUCUCUGCGCCAGGGGGUUCCUCAAAAACCCUACACCUUCAUGGAUGAGAAAGCAAGGGGUCGGUUUGGUGUGAUCCGAGAGUGCCGAGAGAACGCCACAGGAAACCUCUUCAUGGCCAAGAUUGUCCCGUACGAGGCCGACAGCAAACAGGAGGUGCUGCAGGAAUACGACAUCCUCAAGUCCCUUCAUCAUGACAGAGUCAUGGCUCUGCAUGAGGCUUACGUCACGCCGCGCUACCUGGUGCUCAUCUCCGAGUACUGCAGCGGGAAGGAGCUGCUCUUCAGUCUCAUCGACAGGUUCCGUUACUCAGAGGAUGACGUGGUGACCUACAUCGUGCAGAUCCUCCAGGGUCUGGAUUAUCUCCACACUCGACGAAUCCUCCACCUGGACAUCAAGGCAGAGAACAUCAUCGUCACCUACAUGAAUGUUAUCAAGAUCAUUGACUUUGGCAGCGCUCAGGCGUACAACCCUCUCUUCCUCAAACAGUUCAGCCCUCCAAUCGGAACACUGGAGUACAUGUCUCCGGAGAUGUUGAAAGGGGAUGUUGUGGGCCCUCCAGCUGACAUCUGGAGUGUGGGUGUGCUGACUUUCAUCAUGUUGAGCGGCCGGUCGCCUUUUAUUGAAAUUGAUCCUCAGGAGACUGAAGCAAGGAUCCAGGCGGCAAAGUUUGACCUCUCUAAACUCUACCAGAAUGUGUCCCAAAGUGCCUCUCUGUUUCUUAAGAAGAUCCUCUGUAGCUACCCGUGGGCCCGUCCCUCCAUCAAGGACUGCUAUAAUAACUCCUGGCUUCAGGAUGCCUACCUGAUGCGCCUUCGUAGGCAGACUCUCACCUUUACAACCACCCGUCUCAAGGAAUUCUUGGCCGACCAGCAGCGCAAGCGAGAGCUGGUGGCCACCAAGCACAAAGUCCUCCUGCGGUCCUACCAGAGCUCGCCACAAACCCCCACCAGCCCUGCCAUGCCAAAUGUGCCAACCACACCCACUGCUCCUACUACACCUGUCACCCAGUGAAAAAAAAGGCUUCCACAAACCAGUUGGCAGGACUUUAGGACCAGACGCUGGGCCACGAGGCGGGGUUGUUCCUUCAGGUUUGGGUUGUUGAGCUUGGUCAGAGGAAACUAGAGAAAGCAGCAGUGGCUGAGAUCCACAGAGACGUGUUCUUUUUUCUUUUCUGGGCUCUUAAAGAGAAUCCAGAAGGAUUCUUACACUGAAAGGAAACUCUUACAAAGUUACAAGAGCCUGACUGCAUUUUUAUACGGUGGACCUCGAUCAUACAAAGCACGAUGUUGUGUUCAAGUUUGUACCUCAAGGUUUGUAACUUUGCAUAUUUUUGGAUAAAAUAUUCUAUUUCUUACGGUCAACUCUACGAUGACUAGAGUGGGUACAUAUUAAUACAUCACAAUACCCCACAAUGAAGGCCCCAAAUAGCUGUUACAGAAGCAAAAACAAUGCAUUAUAUAAGUAAAGGGUUUUCACAAGAUACCAGAAUAAAAAUAUUAAAUAUAUUUAAAGCAAAGACAGCUGAAUAUUAGCAACAUCUUGACAUUAGACAAGUUUUAAAAUGUCGCCUGACCAGAGGUUUCUUCUAUAAUGUCUGAUUCUUUACACCCAACAAACGAGUUACCUUUUUAAAGCGUAUUCUAUUUAAUGAAAGCAGUGUUAUCUUUGCUACAGUACCAGAGUUUUUAUACUACUGUAGCAUCUCAAUGAUUGUCAAGAUUGUAAGAAUGUAGCUGUUCCAGUUUCAAGUUUUUAAGUCAGGAGGAUUCUCUGCAAGGGCUAAAAGAAAAGCACUCCUAUAAUUAGCAAACAUUUCUUACCUUGUGGCCAAAUCUCGGAUGAUAAGUAUUUUCUUAUUCUUACAAGCAGAAUUUAUUCUUUCUAAUGUGUUAUCAGAUCAUCUUUGCCCCAAGGGAUGAUGGGAAUAGCAGAGCUGUCACUGUGUUGGCAGGCGCAAUGGUCCCUUCAGCACAAAUAAGCUAACAAGCAUCACAUUGGCUUCCAGGUGAACUGGACUCUUCCACAGCAGCCCCGUGUAAAGAAUCAGGAUUGAUCAGCCAUGUGGAAAUAAUCACUAACACUUGAGUUUACUAAAACGAGGCUCGCAAGGUCAUGAGGCUAGACCGCUGCAGAAACCCAGCGCUGAUACUGGGGUGCAUCCAAGUGCCCUUAAAGAGUUAGCACGAGUCAGCAUAAAAAAAUCUUUACUAUUUAUCAACGAAAGAUGUUUAUUAAGACAAUUUUAAGAGUACCAGUCCUUAAUCUAGCUCUUUAAAAGUGUUUCUUCAUUUGGUUUUAUAAAUUACAGUUUUUUAAAUAAAGUAAGAUUCAAGAUUUAUAUUUAACAUUGCAUUUGACUUAAUUAAGGGUCAUACACCAUCUCAUACAAGCUAACAAGACACUGUACAAAGUUAUCAAACUGAAUAUGUCUUAUGCAGAUUUGAAUCCCCAACAGUCUGUACAAGCAAAAAACAAACAAUCCACAGAGCUCCAGGGGAGAGAAAAGAAAUAAGACAUUGUGAAACAAAGUCAGUAUGAGAUACAUCAGAGUAUACGCCAUUAAAACAAUUCAAUUAUUUAUUUUUUUCUUACCCACAAGAAACUGUCAAAAGCUGAGAUACCUGACUUCUGAACUGGUCGAUUGUCACACCGUCACAUUAAAUCAGAAAUGUUUUCUCAUUUUUACUUCAGGUUCAGUUCCAUAAAACAUCAAAUAUUUCUUUUGUUAGUCAUUUUUCAGACAGAGUCAAAAUCAUUGUGUUUGUUUUGACCUUAAAGGAAUCAAACAUAACUGACACACUUAUGUUCUGAUCCCUCCUCACAUAUUUACAGUAGAUAAAUGUCUCAGUCGUCUUUUUCUGUUUGCCUUACAUGGUGAGUUUAAAUUCAGAUGAACACAGGAAUGUAAAACAUUUGCACAAAUGUCCGUUUAUAGUUACUAAGUACAGAUUUGCACACUUAACACACAAGUGUAUUAAUGACAGAAUGGAUUCACUUAAAGAGUGCAUUAAAGAAACUCAAUCAGACACUAGUCUCCAACUAUAACUUAUAAAGCUGCGACACAGAUGAGGGAAAAUCCAGAGUUGUUUUAUUCUGUGUUCUGACUGACAGAUUGUUAACUAUUCUAAGACACUAUUUUAUUAGUUCUGUAUGUUCCGAUGCUACUGCUUGAGAAAAACUGCAGCUCUUUGUCUUUUUCCUAUGCAGAGUAGAUUUCAUCACACAAGACUCGUUUCAACUUAAAAACAUGCAAGAUAUGCAUGACAAUGCAAAGAUGCAUUAACUCAAACGUCUGUGCAAUAUAUAUCAUGUUCUUUAAUCAUAUACAAUGAAACUACAACUGUUUGUAAGCAGACGACAGGGUUUUGAAGAAGAUGUUGAAUGCUCCACAUUUUGUAUCGAGAUCCUAUGCCGUAUUUUGUGGAAUGUGUUGCAGUGCCUCGUGAUGGAUAUUAGACCCACAGAGAAAAUAGUUUGUUACAUGAAUGACAAGUUCUUUAUUUUGAUUAUAUGGAUGUGACUGCUUUGUGUGUGGUUCGCAAUUUGUUUAUUUAUUGAGUGACUGUAUUUGUUACAGCUUCUGCUUUUUAUUUUGUGAACUCUCUGAAUCUGGCAUGGAAAAGGCAUGACAGCUGUUCAAAAAGCUAUGGAAAUAAAGAAAUAAAUAUAUGAA